GGUUUGGUGGAUCAUAGUAUGUUGACAGUGGAAGUGCAUCUUCUUUAUCAAAGAAUGCUUUUGCUUUAUCUCAUAAAGUUAAAGAUGAUCCAAAAUCCAAUAAACUAAAUGGAAUGUUGGCAGUGGUUUUUCUCAUCAGGUUUUACAAGAUAAUAGUCCGUUAUCACUAACGAAUUUGAUUGUUAUUAACAUAAUUGACAUGAUACAAUACUGUAUAAUUUGUCCACUAUAUUUGCAUGCAUUUCUGACAAAAAUACUGAGAGAGUGUUAAGAAUUCAAAUCUUUGAAACCAUACGAAUAUAAGAAGGCAGAAGUUGCUAUCAUCACUCGACAACAUCCAAAAUCUGUCAUUGAUGCAUCAGCAAAUAAACCACAUAUAGGCCCUGAAAGCCUUCAUUACAAUGCUCAUUUCUUCCAAAAUGAAGCUACCAUUCCUCACUUAUUUUGUCUUCUUUGUCUUGUUCAAUUGUUGUCAUUCGGCUAAAACUCAUUCCUCACUGAAAAAACAAGCGUCGAUUCUCGUUACCUUGAAACAGUCUUUUGGAGUCUCCGAUCACCCUUUUUUGGUUAACUGGAAUCUCGUGGAUUACGCUUCGGUUUGUUCAAACUGGAGCGGCGUCACCUGUGAUAACGCCACCUUCUCCGUCGUCUCUCUGGACAUAUCGAAUUUAAACCUCUCUGGCACACUUUCACCGGCGAUCACACAGCUCCGUUCCCUUGAAACUCUUUCAGUGCCUGGGAAUGGUUUCUCAGGUGCAUUUCCGGCGAGGAUUCAUGAGUUAACAAGGCUUCGGUUUCUCAACAUAUCCAACAACAUGUUCGAUGGAGGUCUUGAGUUUAAUUUCACGUUACUUAAGAGAAUUGAAGUUCUGGACGCUUACAACAACAAUUUCUCAAGCUUGCUUCCCGUCGGCGUAUCUCGGCUGACCAGUCUCCAACACUUGAACCUCGGCGGGAAUUACUUUUCCGGUGAAAUUCCGGCAUCUUACGGUGGUCUGCAGCAGCUUACGUUCCUCCACCUCGGUGGAAACGACUUGCGGGGUUUUAUCCCUAGCCACCUUGGGAACCUGACAAAUCUGAAACAGCUUUCUCUGGGUUAUUUUAAUCAAUUUAACGGCGGAAUCCCAGUGGAGUUUGGUAAGUUGGUGAACUUGGUUCAUCUUGACAUGUCGAACUGUGGGUUAGAAGGUAAAAUCCCAAACGAACUCGGGAACUUGACGAAGUUAGAUACUCUCUACUUACAGACGAAUCGGUUGGUGGGUUUGAUUCCUUCUUCGUUGAGCAAUUUGGUUAGCUUGAAAUAUCUCGAUCUUUCGAACAAUCAGAUCGUAGGUGAGGUUCCACCGGAGUUAUCUUCUCUGAAAGAGCUGACAGUAUUGAAUCUUUUCAUCAACAGAUUGCAUGGAGACAUUUCUAUGUUCAUUGCAGAGCUACCCAAGUUGGAAUCUCUUAGUCUUUGGGAAAAUAACUUCACAGGUACCAUUCCUCCGAUGCUAGGACAGAAUGGUAAACUUAAAACACUUGAUCUUUCUACUAAUAAACUCACCGGAGUUAUCCCGAAGUCUUUGUGCUUUGGCCGGAAGUUGGAAAUCUUGAUUUUGUUCAACAAUUUCUUGUUCGGGUCAUUACCAGAUGAUCUUGGUAAAUGCGAGUCACUUAGCAGAGUACGAAUGGGACAGAAUUAUCUGAGUGGAUCGCUUCCAAAAGGCUUCUUGUAUUUACCUUCGUUGUCGCUUGUUGAAUUGCAGAAUAAUUAUUUAGCUGGACAGCUGGAAGAAUUAACCUCAAAUGGCCAGAAGGGUCCCUCCAAGUUGUUGGCUCAGUUGAAUCUUUCAAACAAUCGCUUAUCGGGUGUUCUUCCUACUUCUCUCGGAAACUUCUUGGGGCUCAAAAUCCUUCUCUUGGAUGGAAACAAUCUCUCCGGCGACAUUCCCGGCGAGAUAGGAGGUUUGAAGAACGUACUAAAGUUGGAUAUGAGUCGAAACAAAUUUUCCGGCGGAAUUCCGCCGGAGAUUUCUCAUUGUUCGUCACUCACGUAUCUGGAUCUUAGUCGAAACCAACUCACAGGUCCAAUGCCUCCUCAAAUAUCACAACUCCACAUACUGAAUUAUCUCAAUGUUUCAUGGAACCACUUGAAUGAAACCCUACCUGACGAAUUCGGUUCCAUGAAGAGCCUUACAUCCGUCGAUUUCUCUCACAACAACUUAUCUGGUUCGAUCCCGGAGAUCGGCCAGUACUCUCUCAUGAAACCCAGUUCAUUUUCCGGCAACCCUAACCUCUGUAUACCCUACCUUAACCACACCUGCAACAACUCAUCUUCAACAUCGCUUCAACAAAACAACAAGCAAGUAGAUAACAAAACCACAAAGGUUCCUCCAAGAUACAAGCUUGUUUUCGCUUUAGGUCUUUUAGUUUGUUCUCUAGCAUUCGUUAUAUUAGCAGUUAUCAAGACAAGAAAGAUGAGAACACCUUCUAAAUCAACAUGGAAGCUCACUGCAUUUCAAAAGCUAGAGUUCGGAAGCCAAGAUAUUCUCGAAUGCUUAAAGGACAAUAACAUAAUCGGACAAGGUGGUGCUGGUGUUGUUUAUGGUGGAACAAUGCCAAAUGGAGAGCAAGUGGCAAUCAAGAAGUUGGGAACAAGUAAAGGACAUGGUGGUUCACACGACAGUGGUUUAUCAGCAGAGAUGCAAACACUAGGAAGGAUCAGACAUCGGUAUAUAGUGAGGUUAAUGGCACUUUGUUCGAACAAGGAGACAAAUCUAUUGAUCUAUGAGUACAUGCCGAAUGGUAGUUUAGGUGAACUCCUUCAUGGAAAGAAAGGUGGUUGCGUUCUUAAGUGGGAUACGAGGCUUAAAAUAGCUAUAGAAGCUGCGAAGGGUCUUUCGUAUUUGCACCAUGAUUGUUCACCUCUUAUCAUUCAUAGAGACGUGAAGUCCAACAAUAUCUUAAUUAGUUCGGAUUUUGAGGCACAUGUAGCCGAUUUCGGGCUUGCAAAGUUCUUGAAUGUGGGUGGAGCAUCGGAGUGUAUGUCCGCAAUCGCAGGCUCGUAUGGCUAUAUCGCUCCAGAAUAUGCAUACACAUUGAAGAUUGAUGAGAAGAGUGAUGUAUAUAGUUAUGGUGUGGUGCUUUUGGAGCUUAUUACGGGGAGAAGACCGGUUGGGGACUUUGGGGAAAAUGGAUUGGACAUUGUUCAAUGGACGAAAAUGCAAACAAAUGGGAGGAAAGAAGGAGUUGACAAGAUCUUGGAUGAGCGGCUUAAGAAGGUUCCUCUAGAAGAAGCAAAGCAAGUGUUGUUCGUGGCAAUGUUGUGUGUCCAAGAGCACAAUGUGGAGAGACCUACCAUGAGAGAGGUGGUGCAGAUGCUUGUACAAGCUAAGCAACCCAAUACAUUUCAAACACAUUGAUUUUAUGUUUAGGUUUGUAACAAAAAUAAAAGAUUUCAAGUGGUUAGUUGUUUUGUGGUUAACAUUUAAAUGACAAGUAAUUAAUGUGGACUAAUGUUAAUGAAAUGUAAACAUAUAUUCUAGUUCGUUGCUACAAGGUCCAUGAAUCAUAUUAGAUAUAAUGUGUUUGUUGAAAUCGGUGGUUUGUUUGUUGUUUUUGACAUCGUGAAGAC